AUGAGCAAGGGUAUCAUUAUUUGGAAAUUGGCUUUCCUUUUAACUGCGAGUGUUGAUCAUUUGCUUGAUCAUUCAAAGGGAAGACUAGAAGAACGAAGAACAGUUUUUGGAAGUACCAAAUCCAUAUUCUCCAAAGCCAACUUGGUCAUUUGUAGUGAUGCCUUGAAAAUCAGUCAAUGUAUGUUAGUCCAAGACUUAAAUAUUUUUGGUGGAUCAUACCAAAAGGUCUUUGCAAUGUCUUUGCUUGCCAAAACUGCAGGGAUGGUGUGGAACCAUGAUAUCAACGCAAAAGAAAAUAUUUCAAAUAUCCCUCACCAAACCAUUCAAGAUAGCACCUGCCCCAUACCAUUCAGCCGCUAA